AUGGUGGCACGAACGAGGCUCUCGCAGGCUCUGCGGGCGCCCAGCAGGCGAAUUGCUGCCAUUGGCAGCGCCAGCCUUGCGCCUCGCGCUUCAAUUGCGCCUGUUCGCUGCCUUGCGACUUCGGCUCCCAGAUUGCUGGCGCGAUCACCUGCAGUGCAGCAUCUGGCAAAGCUCACGUCCGAGACGUACCCGGGCCUCAAGAGGGAUGCUAGAUUUGCAACACUGACCGCAGAGGAUGUCGCGCACUUCAAGAAGCUGCUGGGAGGAGAGCAUGCCGUGAUUGACGGCGCCAAUGCAGCGGCGGAGGACGACCUCAAGCCCUUCAACGAGGACUGGAUGCACAAGUACCGAGGACAGAGUCGGCUGGUGCUCAAGCCGGCAUCGACCGACGAGGUCAGCCAGAUCCUCAAGUACUGCAACGAGCGGAAGCUGGCCGUGGUGCCGCAGGGUGGCAACACGGGGCUUGUUGGGGGCUCGGUGCCUAUUUUCGACGAAAUCAUCAUCAACAUGAGUCGCAUGAACCAGAUCCAUUCCUUCGACGAUGUCAGCGGCUCCCUCGUGUUGGAUGCCGGAGUCAUUCUGGAGGUGGCCGAUCAGUACCUCGCUGAAAGGGGAUACAUCUUUCCUCUCGACCUAGGAGCCAAGGGAUCGUGCCAAGUGGGUGGAAAUGUGGCUACUAACGCUGGCGGCCUGCGACUGCUGCGCUACGGGAGCCUGCACGGCAAUGUCCUGGGGAUGGAGGCCGUGCUGCCGGACGGCACCGUCAUGAACGACCUGUGUGCCCUGCGCAAGAACAACACGGGCUACGACCUGAAGCAGCUCUUCAUCGGCGGCGAGGGCACCAUUGGCAUCAUCACCAAGCUGGUCAUCCAGUGCCCGCAGCGCUCGGCUGCCGUCAACGUGGCCUUCUUUGGCCUGGAGUCGUACGAAAAGGCACAGCUGGCCUUCCGGGAGGCGAAGAAGCAGUUGGGCGAGAUCCUUUCUGCCUUUGAGCUCAUGGACUCCCGCAGUCAGGAGAUUGUGCACCAGAUCAAGGGUGAGGACCGGCCGCUCGAGGGCGAGCACCCCUUUUACUGCCUCAUCGAGACCAGUGGCUCCAACGGCGACCACGACUACGAGAAGCUGGAAAAGUUCCUCGAGGACGUGCUGACCAAGGAGAUCGUCGUCGACGGCGUCCUCGCCCAGGGCGAGUCGCAGGCCAAGGCGCUGUGGAGCUGGCGCGAGAGCAUCACGGAAUGCAUUGGCCACGGCGGUGGAGUCUACAAGUACGACGUCUCGAUCCCGCUGGCCGAGAUGUACUUGCUGGUCGAGGACGUCAAGGCGCGCAUGGAGAAGCUCGGCCUGAUCGGCGAAUCCGAGGAGCAUCCGGUGAGCGCAGUGGUGGGCUACGGCCAUAUGGGCGACUCCAACCUGCAUCUCAAUGUGGCCGUAAGACGAUAUGACGCCAAGGUCGAGGAGGCUUUGGAGCCCUUUGUGUAUGAAUGGAUCGCGAAGCGCAACGGUAGCAUCAGCGCCGAACAUGGGCUGGGCCUGGCCAAGAAGAAGUUUGUGCAGUAUAGCCGGAACGACACGGUGAUUGGUCUGAUGAAGCAGAUUAAGAAUCUCUAUGAUCCGAAUGGCAUUAUGAAUCCGUACAAAUACAUCUGA